CCUCCUCUUUGCUCCCACUCCAGUACUGGACUCCCAAACGUACACUGAUACACACCGUGCAUCCGGCACUAUGAAGGCUGUCCUGGCUCUGCUGAUGUUGGUGUGCCUGGCCUGCCACAGUAAGUCUCUCUGUACAUGUAGUAGCAGGGUUAUUUGAGCAACUAGAGGGGGACCAUCUGGGGGAUUCUGGGUUUUAUAAGGGGUUAUACGUUUUUUUUAAAGGGGGCUCUGAUUCUCAAACGGUGGGUCUGAAUAUAUAGUCUUUACUGGGUCAAUGUUAAAAGAUGUAAUCAGGUUAGAAAUGUUGGGUUGUUUAUCUGGUGGGUGUCAAACAAAAUGUCAAGAGCUUAGUUGGAUCACAUAACUCACAGAAGAGUCUGGGACCCAAUGAGAGUAACUGAUGCUAACACUAACCCUAGCCAUAGGUCAACACUAACCCUAACUGUACCAGGGGGUCAGAUUUCAGUUUAUUUUGUUUUAGUCAUCAUAUUGGUAAGGGUUGUGCCUUGAAGUGAAGGGCUGUGUUUACUUGUCUGUCUCUCUGUCUGGCUGGCUGGCAGUGGGUUUCAGUGUGCUCUUAUUUGUUCAUGAAAGCCAGAGGGGUUGACAGGACAGGACACAUGGACAGGGCCAGUCUGGGUUAGGUCACAGACACAGCCUUGGAGUUGCUCUGUACAUUAUCAGAUAUCAGUUUGUAUUUAUGGGCUCCCAGUUACUCAGGGACAAUGUGUGCAUGUUGAGACUGAGAGUUAGGGUUAUGUUGAGAGGUAGCCUCGAUCCAACCCUCUUGCAGAGGGAUUGCUUGUCUGUCUGUGUGUGUUGGUACAUGCUGCUUAGUCUCAUCUCAGACGUUCUCUCCUGUUCCAUGUCUAAAGGUCACGCACUGAAGUGUCACUCAUGCGUAGCGUCCAAUGAGGAUGAUUGUACUAAACAAGGAUCCACCACCUGCCCUCAAUUCGCUGACGCCUGCUCCACCAUCACAGGACAUAGUAAGUACACACCCACAAAUUACUUUCAUGACCAAAGCGUGCAGCAUUAUUUUCUACCACUAGAUGUCAGGCUAGUUCUAGGAGUCAGUUGAUCUUCCUGGUUGUAGUGGAGGACAGCACCACCAAAGACAGUACAGUAUGAAGAUAGGCUAAAACUGCUUCUCCAAUAGAAAUCCCCGAUCACACUUGUAGGCAAUGUCAAGGCGACGUUGGUUAGGUAGGCUCAUGAGGAAGACAGCUUGUCUGUCGAAACGUUGGUUAUUAAAUUAUUGCAUCUGAGCUCCUAGAGUGUGCGGCUCUCCUUUUCUUUUUCAAAGGCUCAUGCGUAGAAAGACGUCGGCGGUCCAACGGUUGUCUCGCGCCGAACUGCGCCUGUGCUGGCAAUCAAAUCAAAGGAACUUCUUCGAUAUAAAGUUGUUUUUGACGAAAAUGAAAACGUAUCAGUUUGUCACUAUCACGAGGUUGGAUAAAUAAUAUCGACUAGUUAAGACAUCUAGGUUGUGCCUUAAGAUUUUGAGAAAAUUAACAACUAAGGAAGAAUGUUUUACUUCUCUCAUUGACUUAUCAAACCCCGGCUUGGUCUGUUUCGCAAGUGUUCUCGAAAGUCUCGCAAUGUUGCGCCUCUGGGUUUAGAAACUCUGUGGCAACACCAUCAGCACUACACAAUCAGCACUACACCACAGAUGGAACAAGGAGCCAGAUGUUUCACCGGCUGUAUAAAUCUGAAGCAUCCGGAUAGAAUUUCCACUCCCCACCAAAUAUGGUGCGAAGAGGAAGCCCAGUGGCAUGCAGUGUAGAAUGGCGCGAGAUAGAUCUGGGCCAACAUUCUGCAGAUUUUGUCAUCUAAGGAAAGCUCUCAAUUCAGUUUUCUGUUCCCAAAACUAAAAUAUGUUACGAACAGAGUGCACUAAGUUUUGUAGACGUGACCCUUUGCCAAAGUUUCUACAAAUGGCGUUGUUUACAAGGAGUGCUAGGGCGAAAUGAGUUAUAGCACACGCUCACUUCACAGCGAUAGCGUUCCCUAAUGAAAAUAUGCAAAUACCUGAUAGAACGCGCCAAUAGGAUCUCGCUAGCUCGUGCUUGGCUCUGCCCACCUUCUUGCUUGUUCUGCCAACUAUGAUUAAUUUGCUCCCAUUGAAAACGACACAGAUGAACUAUCUUUGACUAUACACUGCUGGAAAUAGAGCACAGACAUACAAGUGCCGAAAUCCACAUCGACCCCUAGACCCUGCCUCCUAUAGGGACUUCUGUAUAUCUGAAAUGAUUAGAGUGCAAAAAUAUUAAAUUCAGCAAAGAUCUGCAAGGUAUACUUUUUAGACUUCAUCAUUCCCCCCAUUAUCAGUGUUCUAGCUACUGUGGAACUGAUAUGAACACAUCUUGAACACAUCUUGUACAAAACAGAUUUUAAAGCUAAAUAAACAUGAGUCUUUAUGCUACUAUACUAUAUCACACACUAAAUCAAUAACCACGCAAAUUCGAUAAUAGAGUAGAUAUGUACGUAUUGCUCUCUCUUUUGUCAGCGGUCGCUCUCCCGCUCUCUCCGUGCCCUGUAAUCACUGUGUCCUCAUCUCUCAGGUUUCUGGAUAAAUUCUCAGCAGCUUUUAUCAACCACAACCCUCUGUGUCUGAGUGGGGGGGGAGUUGGUGGGUAGAUGGGAAGGGCGAGGGCGAAGAAGGGCAGAUGAAAGGAAGAGGAGAAGAGUAGGAAGCCAUGAUUCAACAGGGUUGAAAUAUAAAAUAAAACGAACUCUCCUUGUACAGCUGCUCCAUACAUGUUGCAAAAUAAAUGGGAAGAGAUUUUUGAUGUACCGAUUCCAUGGCACAUGGUUUUUGAACUGAUACAAAAAACAACACUUGAUUCAACACUUCGAGUUUUUCAAUGUAAAUUAUUAUACAAAAUUCUUGCAACCAACAGAAUGCUAUAUAUAUGGAGCAUACAACAAUCUCAGCUCUGUAGAUUUUGCUGCGAAGAGACAGGAUCAUUUAUUAUGGUAUUGCCCCUAUGUAGCUUGUUUCUGGUCACAGGUUCAUGAAUGGUUAAAAAAAAUCACAACAUUCACUUAAAUUAAACCUACAAAUAGCAGUGUUGAGCGAUUUGGAAAGCAAUAGUCAAUCAAUCAAUAAUAUAAUGAUACUCGUAGGAAAGGUUUUCAUCUUUAGCUCACAAUCUGUGCAUACUAUGCAAUUAGAAAGGUUCCAAAUAUAUGUAAAACAUCACAGCACAAUUGAAAAAUAUAUGGCACAUGGAAACCAAACGAGGGUGGUCUAUGGUGAUAGGUGGGAUGGGCUGAGAUUGGCUGAGGGGUGGGAUUAAAGAGUUUAUGUUCGGUAAUGCAUUAUUGUUAUGUGAUUGCUAUAUAUAAAAGUACCAUGUAUGUAAAAUGUGUAUGUAAAAUGUAUGUAUAUGUAGCUGAAAAGCUGUAAAAACAAAACUAGAUGUGUCCUCCGAAGAGGACAAUAAAACAAUCUCCUUCCUCACACCUUUCCUCCCCUCUUUCUCUCCCUCCCUCCCUCCCCACUCCUCUCCUCCCUCCCUCCCCACUCCUCUCUCCUCCCUCUCUCCCUUUCUCCCCACUCCUCUCUCCCUCCUGUGUUUCAGACACGGUGAUGAAGUCAUGCUCCUACAAAGCGUUCUGUGAUAAGGCCCACAGUGGCAACUCUGGAGCCAAGAUGGAGUGUUGUUUCACUGAUGACUGCAAUGGGCCUCAUAAGGGCCACCAGCACGGGGAGCACAAAAACACAGCUGAGGCCCUGGGAGCCAGCCCUGUUCUGCUACUUGGGGCUCUGAUGCUCCGCAUGGCCCUCAGCAGGUUCUAAACUCCUGAUCAUAAAUAGAUUCAUCCCUUUACUAUCCAUCUAUCCAUUUAUUCAUUAUUUCAUACAGCCCUACCACAAAACCAUUUACCGAUCCAUCCCCUCGGAGUGAGUCUGCAGAAUGCUG